AACAAAAAAAUAUCUUGGUCUGAAUGGGCCCAACUGUCACCCGAACCACACCUCAAGAACUAGAGUAACUGCCAGGAAGCCUUAACUGCACUCGAUCAAUGUCGGCGCAAUCUCUCUCUCUCUUUCUCUCUCUCAUUGGAAAAAAGUGACGAACUUUAACCCACUUUCACCUGAGAACCCCUCAAAUCUCAUGGCUCGGAACGAUCAACGAUGGGACUGUAACAGUAUUCAAGUUCCACCGCCUUUCGAUUCUCUGGAGAUUUUUAUCGAACACUUUGUCGGCAACCCACUUGGACCCCCUUAUAUACCCAGUUACCAAUCCCAUUUCUCCAUUUUUCACCGACCCAAGCUUUCUAAAAAAAUUCUAUCCAGCCUUGUUCUGAACCUGUAAGACAGAAUUUUCUGUGUUAUAAUAUUGAAUCGAUGAAUCCCAGUGAUGAAGGUUUUUCUCCUCACUCUCCGUCUAAGUCUUCGGCAGAAUUGGAGUCAGGGGCUUUUGGGGUCUCUCCGAUUCGACCGAAGAUGUCUGAGACGUUAGGAACUCAACCAUUUCUAUCUGAGUCUUUCUUCAUGGAUACUAGUGCUAGUUUCUCCAUGGAGAGUAUUGGGUUUUCUGGGUCUCAUUCUUCGCCUUCCUUUGUCUUUUCUCCAAUGCCAAUUGAACUUAUUGCAAACCCAAUACUAUCUUCAUUUUCUCCUGUUUUUGAGUUUAAGGCGGAAAUCCCAGUUGGUGAAAGAGCUCAAACUGUACCUUCUUCUAUUGAAGGCGAGGCUGGAGCUCCGGUUACUGUUACUGGGACAGAGUUUGUUGCAGUGCCUCGGCCUCUUGAAUGUUUACAGGGCAAUCUAAUUCCGCCAUUUCUGUCGAAAACUUUUGAUCUUGUGGACGACCCAGCUCUCGACCCGAUUAUCUCAUGGGGUUCGACUGGUGGGAGCUUCGUUGUGUGGGACCCUGUGGAUUUUUCCAGGCUCAUUCUGCCACGGAAUUUCAAACACAACAAUUUCUCCAGUUUUGUUCGGCAGCUCAAUACUUAUGGGUUUCGUAAAAUUGAUACUGAUAAAUGGGAGUUUGCAAAUGAAGCCUUCCAGCGAGGGAAGAAACAUCUUUUGAAAAGCAUCCAACGGCGCAAAUCUCAUCAAUCCCAGCCGAUAGCAAGCUAUAUCGGGCCUUCUUCUGAAGCAGGGAAGUCUGGACUGGAAGGUGAGAUAGAGAAAUUGAGGAAUGAGAAGAGUGCAUUGAUGCAGGAGGUUGUUGAAUUGCAGCAGCAGCAGCGGGGUACAGUUCGCUUUAUGGAAGCAGUGAACAAGAGGAUCCAGUCUGCCGAGCAAAAACAGAAGCAGAUGGUUUCUUUCUUCUCGAAGAUGCUUCAGAACCCAUCAUUCAUUAGUAGACUUAAGCAGAAGGAACAGCAGAAAGGGAUAGGCCCCUCAAGGAUGCAGAGGAAAUUCAUGACACAGAAGCAGCAUGAAAUUGGAGAACCAGAUUCUUCCAUGGAAGGAAAGUUAGUGAAAUGCAGUCCUGGUUGGAGAAACCUUGGCAUACCUUUUGAAGGGCCAGAUUUGAAUCCAUUUCCUAUAGAACAAGGUAUAGGAGAGAACCUGGUUUUAGAUGACGAAAACAUUUCGUUUCAAUUUGAGGAUUUCACAUCUGAUAACUUAAUUUGGUCGGAUGAUAUCACAGCAAUGCAGGGAUUUAGUGAAAUCCCAUUCCAGGUUGGGGAAGGGGCGGCAUCAAGCAUGCAAACUGAAGAUCCCUUUUUCAAGGGAAAGGGUAUACUGAACCUAAAACAAGAGCUUAAUCCUGAUUAUUAUGUCUCUUUCCCAGAUGAUUUAACAAAGGAGAAAAGUUUUCCAGAACUCUCACCCACAGGAAUGGAAAACAUCAUAAAGCAAGAGGAUAUAUGGAGCAUGGGUCUUGAUACCAGUGCUGGUAUGUCUAGUGGUGGCAGUGACUUGUUGGCUACUCCAGUCAGCUAUGAAGUGCCAGAGCUGGGAAUGAGUAGUGGAUCAUUAGAUAUCUGGGAUUUAAGUUCAUUGGAAGUAGGAGGUUCAGAAUUUCACAAGUGGUCGUCAGCUGAUGAAACACCCUAUAUUGAUCCACAAAAUCAAUCUAGUCAAGCAAAAGAUAAUAUACCUAAAAAUAUGGAUCCUUAGGGCUACAUUUGCUUUAGCAUUUGAUGCCCUUAUGGAUUCUAGUUAUUCUAGUUUUCCAGGGUUCUAUUGACUGGGAUGAUUUAUUAAUAAAUAUAUUUUCCAUUUUACCUACCAA